AUGUCUUCCCGCCAGCGCGUCGAGGCCGAGCCCGACGUCAAGGAGCUACUCUCCCAGCUGCGGCAAAUCGCCUCUAUAUACUCCAACGCCCCCAUUGGACCCCACGACGUCCGCGGCGUCUACAACACCCUCCGCCGUAACUGGUGGGGACACGUGCGCGCCCACGCCCACGCCCGCGCCCGCGCCGACCAGGCCAACCCUGACACCUACAUUUGGCCCUUCUUCCUCAAGUCCCAGCUCUCCCAGGACGAGGUCGAGACCGCCGCCAAGGUUGUGUUCCAUCAAGAAGCCGCCAACGAGCGCCGCUCGCCGCCAGAGGCCCGUCGCCGCUUCGCCUCCCUCCUAGCUAAUAUGGGAGAGCGCCAGGACGAGAUGCUCUUCUUUUUGCUUGGCUCGGCCGUCCUCUCCUCCUGGAACGCCGUCAAGAACCUCAACUCCUUACUCAGGGCCAGGGACCCCGCCAAGCGCCGCGACCACCACGCCGUCCUUGCUGCCGUCAACGCCGCCGCCCUCGACCGCAUCUUCCUGGCCGACCCCACCGAGCCGCCUGAGCUGCUGCCGGUGGACGUUGAGGUAGCUUUUCGGAAUCUCCGUCCUGGUGAGGAUCCCGGCUCUGCUAGCCGCCGCGCGACGCCCGUAGGCUCGCGGACUCCCACGCCGGCCCCGGCCCCGGCCCCGGCCCCGGCCCCCGCUGCUGAGCUCAUGCCCCCGCCACCCUGCCCCGCGAAGAAGCGCCGGGCCCUUCCCGACGACGACGCCGCCUACCAACCCCCCCGCGCGUCCAAGCGCCCCUGCCUCGGACCCCCGGCGCCGAGCUCCCCCAUUCUCGCCCCCGCCCGCGCCUCCGAGACCGCCGCCGCCUCUCCCGAACCGGAGACCGGCCGUGACCCUAACCCCGACCUCGGCGGCCGGCAGCUCGAUUUGGAAGAGGCCCAGAGCCCGUCGCGCGAGUCCACCUCGGACGAGCUCUACGGCCGGCCAUCGACCCCACCAACACCACCACCACUAUCGGCCUCUGCGGGCUUUUCGUCUUCGUACCACCAGCAGCAGCAGCAGCAGCAGCAGCAGCAGUAUCAGCACCAGCACCAGCACAAGCAGCGGCAACAGCAGUGGUCUGACGAAGACGAAGGCGGCGACGACGAUGACGACGACAUGGAGGUCUGGCUCCGCAUGGCCCAGGCCAUCCUUGCCCUCCCCAAGCCCAAGAAGCGUGGUAUUUUUCCAACCAUCUGCAAGGGGAUGCGGGCUUCGGCCGAGAUUGUUGUUUCGGCGGUGUCGACUUUCAAAGGCAACCAGAAAGAGUGA